AAGAAGACGAAGAAAAAAGCACGAGCGGACGCUUAAGCUGAAACGGGAUCGCUUCUCUAAAGUCAAGUCAGGCAUAAACAUGGAGAACUUCUGUCUGGACAGUUUUAUCCUGAAGCUUCAUGAUGUGAACGCGGUGAAGUUCGGCGAGUAUAAAUUGAAGAGCGGCAUGAUGACGCCUAUUUACAUCGACUUGAGGGUACUUGUGUCCCACCCGCGCCUGAUGAACCAGGUAUCAAUGCUCAUGUACCAGAAAGUUCAAGAUGAAGGGCUUCAGUUUGACUCUCUCUGUGGUGUUCCAUACACAGCCUUGCCUAUGGCCACUAUUAUAUGUUCCAAAAAUGAACUGCCACUUCUUAUCAGACGUAAAGAAGCCAAGGACUACGGAACCAAGCGUAUGGUGGAGGGCUCAUUUAAAGAGGGAGAUAUUUGUCUAAUCAUUGAAGACACGGUGACCAGUGGCAGCAGCAUCAUGGAAACGGCUGAAGUGCUGUACAAAGAAGGGCUGAAGGUGACAGAUGCCAUUGUGCUGAUGGACAGAGAGCAAGGUGCUGUGGACAUGUUGGCAUCAAAGGGAGUCAAGCUCCAUCCUAUCAUCUCCAUGUUCAAGCUGCUCAAUGUGCUUCAGGCCUCUAAACGCAUUGACACAGAGACGGCCCAGAAAGUGCGCAAGUUCAUCUCUGACCACAACACUUUCAGACCCAAUGAGGAUAAUGGACAUUAUGUCCCGGUACCAAAGAAGCAAUGUGUGGAACAGGAGCUGACCUAUGAAGCCAGAGCCAAACUGCCAAAUAUUCAGCCUCUAGCGUCAAAGCUAUUGACAGUCAUGGCAGAGAAGCAGUCCAACCUGUGUGUUUCUGCUGAUGUUACAAGCACUGAGGAGCUGCUCCACCUGGCAGAUACUCUGGGUCCAAAGAUUUGCCUCCUAAAGACCCACGUCGACAUCCUAAAGGAUUUCUCUUUGGCCUUCAGCCAGAAGCUGCAGGCUGUCGCUGAGAAGCACAAUUUCCUAAUUUUUGAAGAUCGCAAGUUUGCUGACAUUGGGAAUACAGUCAAGCACCAAUAUGAAGGUGGUUUGUACCAGAUUUCUUCAUGGUCCCACAUAGUGAACGCUCAUGCAGUGCCAGGACCAGGCGUAGUGAGCGGCCUGGCUUCUGUCGGGAGACCACUGGGCCGAGGCUGUCUGCUCAUUGCACAGAUGAGCUCGCAGGGCUCGCUGGCGACUGGCGAGUACACGAAGGCUGUGGUGAAAAUGGCUGAGGAACAUUCAGAUUUUGUGAUGGGCUUUAUCUGUGGUUCAAAGAUCACAAAGAGGCCUGAGUUCAUCCACAUGACCCCUGGGGUACAAAUGAAGGCUGGAGCAGAUGUUCUGGGCCAGCAGUACAGCACUCCUGAGGACGUGAUCUACAACAAGGGCUCCGAUCUCAUCAUUGUUGGCAGAGGAAUCCUCGAGGCGUCUGAUAGGCUUGAAGCUGCUGAGGGUUACAGGAAGUCGGGCUGGGACGCCUACACCAGGAGAAUGGGUCAGGGUUGCCAAUAGGAGAGCAACAUUUGUACCACAACACUGUUAUUUUUGUUUUUGGUGCAAAUAUCCAUAAUCACCAUUUGUUAAUUUCCAAUGUGGAUUCAACAUGUUGCACACUUUGCUAAAAAUCUGCUCAGUCCAAUUCUCUUCUUUACAUCUGUUGACAGGUUUGAAAUAUUCCAUUACACUGUCUUUGCAGUAUUUCUUUGUCCUUUACUUAUUUGCUUCCCAUUGAACGUGGCCAUUUACACCAAGACUUGUCAUUCAAUCCAAGGUCUUUGGCUCCAAAUGGACAGUUCAAGCAGUCAUGAAUAUAUGGUUAGUAAUGUUCUACAUCACAUUGUCUUUGUAUUUUCAUUUCAUCUUGAACCCAUCGGUUGCUUUUCAUAGAUGGAAUGAACAGUAACUAUGGAAAUAUUUGUUCCCCCUGCAGCACAGCUCAAGCUGCUUUCAAUGACAUUCUCUACAAUGACUGGCCCACAAAGAAUUACUUUUUAUAUGCAAACAAUGUUUUUGUAAAUUCCGCGAUAAAUGUUGCGUACGUUUUCAGUUUCUUUAGCCAACUAACAUGCAGAAAAACUACCUCAUCUUCCUCACUUUUUCAUGUUUUCUGCAUUUUGCCACAUUAAAAAAACAAAAAAACUGUUCAUCUCAA